AUGUCUCAAAAUACCCAAACAUUUCAAAUUACAAGCCAUGCCCAGCAACUAUACCAAGUGCUGCUUGAAUACAGAACCCAAAAACCUGAAGAAACCAAGGAGCAGCCAUCUAGUGCUGCAAGUAAAAUGCGUGAAAAAGCUUACCGAUUGAAAAAGAAAAUUUCUGAAAAACAUAGUAAAUUUCAUGCUACAAAAGAAGACUCGAUUGGUUGCUCGGAAGUUAAGCCAAUAUCCAUGUACGAACGCUGGGCCACUGAUGAUGCUUAUUAUAACGGUGGAAAAAACUCCGAAAAUGCCCGUUCACCGCGUAAAGAAGUCCCAGAAGGAAGUGGGAUUGACCGCUGGACCACAGACCAGGAAUAUUACUCUUCGGUAAACCUUCGUGAACUAGACAGAAUGCUUAUUUCAUGGGAUCAUCAAGGGUUUGGAAAGAAUGCUUUUGACGCUGCUCGAUUUUCUAGAGUAUUUAAAGUUCAAGUCUACGAUAAUAUCGUCCAAUCUUGGCCUGGAAUUUUGGAGCAUGAAGACGCGUUACUGCUGAAAUUAAAACAGCAAAAACCAAAGGAAACUCCUGAGGAGUACGAGGCCAAAUUGACAAAUAGACCCGACUAUGAUGCCCCUGCUCGAACGAACUUUCAAAAUACUGUCGAGUAUUUAUCUCCGAUUGUUCCCCGCCUUCGUCUUUCUCUUUCAGAAUACGCACUUGAACAACAUUUAUCACUUAACCUGUCACGCGCAGGUUAUAAACAUUUGUCUAAAGACCGUUACGGUAUUUACUGGGAUCAUAGUCACCACGAACCAAUUCGCGGGUUUGUAGAUCCCGGGUACGUAAUUUCAAGUCGUGCCAAAUCCGUAUUUGCAGGAACUUCGUCUGUUCCUGUUCCCAUUGUGCAGUCGCUGAACACUGAAUCCCCACUCAACCGUACCAUUGCUCCACGCCCAAAGAGUCCUUCACUAGGUGAAGAUUGUCCACUUUGCAAAAAAUCGUUUCAUAAACAUAGCCGGGUAGUCAUUCUUCCAUGCACGCAUAUACUUCACUAUGAAUGUGCUAAAGACUGGUUUAUUAUUUGCGCAGACUGGUGUCCUGUGUGCGAGUACUUUUACCGUCAUCUACGUUUUCCCACACACCCGUGUGUAAUAGAAAGUUGGACCCGCUAA